CAUGCGGUACACAACGGUGUCUUCUGUGGAACAAAGAACUUCAGACCGUGUCAAGAGUGAGAUGCAUCUGGCAAGCAGGUUUAGAGACACCAUCAAUGGCUUAAAGGGGCCAUCAGCCUUGAUGAACUUGAAAGGUCUGUACCUUGUGAACGGCUACAGCGUUGAGUACAUGCACUGUGUCCUACAAGGUGCUGCAAAGCAGCUGACAGAAACCAUCCUGUCAAGUUCAAAUUCUGAUGAGCGCUUCUAUUCAGGUGCACCAACAGCCCUUUCCAAAAUAGAUGCACGGCUGUUGUCCAUCAAGCCACCUCACUGCAUUACAAGGCUGCCACGGUCUGUUCAAGAAAGAAGCCAUUGGAAGGCAUCUGAAUGGAGAAACUGGCUCCUUUUCUAUGCUCUGCCUUGCCUUAAUGACAUUCUGCAUCAUGAAUACUGGAGGCACCAUUCCAAGCUUUGUGAGGGUAUAUAUAUCCUCCUUCAAGAGGAACUCACCAUUCUUGAAAUUGGCAAAGCUGAGUCUCUUCUCAAGAACUUUGUGUCAAGGUGUGAAGCAUUAUAUGGUGUGGCAUUCAUGACAUAUAAUGUCCACGCACUCCUCCACCUUGGAAUCUGUGCCCGUUCCCUUGGGCCCCUUUGGGCACAUUCUGCCUUCGUGUUUGAAGGGGGAAAUGGCACCAUUGUGCGGCAGAUUUCCGCAGCAAAGGGCCUUCCGGACCAAAUUGUAGAACGAGUCGUCAUGUCUCAGCAGCUGCAGCGUCUACUUGGAAGUCCACUUCUAGCUUCUGAAGAAAAAAGGUUGUGCAAUGGCUUUCUUGGAUAUUCACCUGUGAAAAACUUUUUGUGUGUAGAUGGCUUAUCACUGUUGGGCACAGGUAAGAAGACAGUGCUCAGUGCUGAAGAGCAGGAUGCACUGUAUAGUCGGUGUGGAGUGGCUGUGUCCGAUGCUGUGGAAUAUGAGCGAUUUGUGCAAAAGAAGCAAGUUUUCCACAGCACUGGAUUCAGAAGACCUUCAAAAUCUGAUACGACCUUUGUGCAGACAUAUGCUGGGUGCUAUGCACGAAUUGAGAAAAUACUUGUGCUUCAGGAGACAGGCUGCUGCUAUGUUAUCUGCAGACCAGUAAUUAUAGCAGAUGUUCGUGCCAUUCCUCCUCACAUAAAGGAGUGUUUCCUUUCGUGUGAUGGAACGCGCGACGUGAUCUUGCCUGAUGAAAUUGUUGACAGUUGUUUGUGUAUAGAUUUUGUGCAAGAAGAUAAGAUGUUCAUUUGUGACCUGCCGAACAAGAUUGAAAGGGAUUGAAGAGACACUAAAGAGAAAAAUGAGUUUAGCUGUAUUAGUAAUUAACCGUUCCUCAUUACCAAAAACAAAGUGUCUAAAGCUACUGUGGAAUGGAAGAUCCAUAAGGAAAACACUCUACAGCAACUGCAUUCCACGAAUCUCCUUGCUGCUUUCAGAAUACUAGGGUUCAAACAUGUAGCGAGCUGCUUAUCACACAUGUAUACCAACCCGUCAUCACACAAGUGAAGUGGUAUCCUGC